GUGCUGGUCGCGCGCGCUCCCAGGGCCCCCGCGCCCCGAGCUCGCUGGCGCUCGGAGGUCCCCCGCGGCCCGACGGCUCCCGCCGCCCGAGGUCGCCCGCGGCCCGAGGUGCCCGGCGCUCCGAGCGCUCCCGCGGCCCGAGGUCUCCCGCAGCCCGGGGUCUCCGCCCCCACCAUGCGGCCGAGGAGUCUGGGACCGCCGCUGCUGCUGCUGCUCUGCGGCCUGCGAGCCGAGACUCAAGGCGAAGAGGUCAGGGCCAUGGUGGGCAGCGAUGUCCGGCUCAGCUGCGUUUACCCCGAAGGAAACAGCUUCGAUCUGAACGACCUUUACGUGUACUGGCAGAUCGACGUGCCGGGCAAACGCGACGCCAACUCCGUGGUGACGUACUACCUCUCGGGGAACAGCUCCGCCGGCCACGGCGACAACCACUACAAGGGCCGGGCCCGGCUGUUCCUGGACGCCAUGACGCAGGGCGACUUCUCUCUGCACCUGCACAACGUCACCCCCCAGGACGAGCAGAAGUUCAACUGCCUGGUGUUUCGGAAAUCCUUGGAGUUAAAUAAGAUUUUGGAAGUCACGGUCACGCUGCACGUGGCGGCAAACUACAGCAUGCCCGUGGUCAGCGGCCCGUCCCAGGACGGCGAGCUCACCUUCACGUGCACGUCCAUGAACGGCUACCCGCGGCCCAACGUGUACUGGAUCAACAAGACGGACAACAGCCUGCUGGACGCCGCCCUGCAGAACAGCACCGUGUCCCUGAACGAGCGGGGCCUGUACGAUGUGGUCAGUGUCCUGCGCAUCGGGUGGGCCCCCAGCAUCAACGUGGACUGCUGCAUCGAGAACGUGCUCCUGCACCAGAAUCUGACCAGUGGCCAGACAGAAAUGUUCGCGGGAACCAAGGACAGCAUCACGGAGGACCCAGCAGACGGCGCCCACGAUGCGGGAAGCCGGCCGGUUCUCAGCGUCCUUGCGGUGCUGGUCGUGGCUGUGGCUGUGGCCGUGGCCACAGGCUGGCUGUGCAGGAACCGAUGUCCCCACAGAAGCUACGCAGGCGCCCAGGCUGCCAGGCCGGAGCCGGAGCUCGCGGGUGUUCCCAGCUUCAGAGGCAGUGAAAGCCCAGGCGAGGGCCUUUCCUCCUGGCCGCUGUCGGCGUGUAGCCCUGUCGUCUUGCGGACACCGCGCUGUGGGAUGUUCCAAACGUACGCAGAAGCAGAGAGCCUGGAACCACGGCCCCCCACCGCCCGCACACACCACUCCCCGGCCGCCCGGCUCCGUCUCCCGUUCUCCCUCCGUCACAGCCCCGCCCUGUCCCUUGGGGGUAGGGGGUCUCCAGCACGUCCAGACCCUCUGUGCGGGCGAGCACCUCACAGUCCCAGAGCAAAGGUCAGGGGACUUCGCGCCCCGUUUGGGAAAGCAGCCACACGCGGGGCCUCCGGUUCUGGUUUCCCACUGGCGGGUGCCUCGGGCCGCCAGGGCCCUUGUGGUCAGGCGGCUGGGCCCCGGGGCUGAGGCCAGUGGCCGCACCUCUGAGCCCCGUCCCUCCACCUGUGAGCGGGUCGUCAGGGGAGGGUGGGCCUGGGGCGAGCGCGACCCCCACGGCGUGACGCGGGGGCACGCGGCUGCCUGGUGCCACAGCAGAUUCGCUCCCGCGGCCACUUUCAGACGAUGCGGGACGCAGCUUGCUAGAGAACUCGGGCCUGCUGACCCGAGAGGCCGAAGGGGCGCCCGUCCGCAGGCGUUUUCAACCCUGUUUUCACCUCCCUGGGUCCGGAGGAGAUGAGUCCGUGCCUCCGGGGUGGGACGGAGCGGCCCCCGUGCUCACCGCCUCCCCGCUUUCCUUCCAAGAGCGCGUGUGACGAGAGCGCCGCCAGCACGAGGACGGGCUCCCGGGACACGCCGCCUGCUGGGACGUCAGACGGCAGCUUGAGGACGGACCGGGCAGGCCGGGCCGAGGGGACCGUCUGUGCCCGCAGCGGGGGCUGCACGGACACCGAGCCUCCCGGCCUUUCGGGGACGUGCAGGCGCCCCCUGGAAGGACCACGCGGACCCCGGGGAGCGCGUGCCGGGCGCCGCCCCGACCCUGGUGGCCCUUUCGGAACGUCAGCAGCUCCUCAGGGAUGCACGUGCCCCCGCGUAAGCGGGCUCCCCACCUUCGCUGCCAAACACGGAACGCGUGGAGGACCGUGACGGCUCUUUCCCGCCACCAGCCGCCAAGAGCCUGGAGCGCUUCUCGGCAUCCCAGACCCCCCGUGCUGCGGAUGAGCUUGCGGCCGGAGGACGGGCGUCCGCUCUCUUCCGAGAUGACCUGUGCGGGGCGGUGGUCGCUCCGGGGGCAGGGGCCGCUCACUGGCUCUGGUGGCCAGGCUCCCGCCCACCUCCAGCCCGACGGCCAGGCGUCUGUGCUCACGUGUCCUGAAGCACGAAGCGGGGGACACUGGAAACCCCCCUGGAAUUCCUGUCCCUCCAGGACGCUCCCUGGGAGGAAAACCCGACCUCAUUUGUUUCAGUCAAAAGCUAGGUUUCCCUCCUGAAAAACACAAUGGAAUUCUGCAAGAAGGUCUGUGCUGGGCGGUGCCGCCGGGCGUGCUGCCCGGGGCUCAGGCUCUGCUGCGGGGGACACGCGGGCAGGGCUGGGACACGUCUCCAGUGGACACCGGUGUGGACAGGUGACCGUUAUGGUCCUUCAAGCUGGGGCCGUGAGUGGAUGGUGGGCGGCCUCCCAGCUGCGUGGCAGCCUUUCUUCAAACGCGGCAGAAAUUCCCUCAAGUCUCGCUGGGCGGCCCCUGCCGACCCCGCACCGUCGCCCGGGGCCCCUCGGCGGCCUCCCCUGAGGACCUGCGUGGUUGUGACAGAGACCUCGCCUCACACGCUGGGUUCCUGGGAGCCCCAGGCCCCCGAGGCGCCCGGAGUGGGGCUGUGGCCGCGUCCACGGGGGCGCGCGGCCGGCGCCCUGACCCUGCCCGCGUGGUUGCACGUUGAUUCCUGGAUUACAUGCAGCAGUUCAGUGUUUCCAGAAGGUUAGCCCGGUGGGCACAACCCCAGGAAGGGGGCCUGUCACCCCAGGGGCCCCUCAGCACCGGUGGGCGUGUGAGGCCUGUGCGUCCCAGACCCGGGCUCGCAGCGAACUGGAGGAGGCCAGCUCAGCGCCAAACGUGAGCCAGGGGCGUUCCCAGACACCGUGCACGUGUGCGUCUGGUUUGCACCAAAAAGCCCUCACGUGACUUUUAAAUGAAUGUGAUGAGGGGUCUACACAGACUUUUAACAUGAAAGCGUUAGAGCACACGUGUGGCUCCUGAAUGACAGGAAGGUGACUCAUGGCGUCACGAGAAAGAAGCCCAGGGGCCUUGGGUGCAGCAGGUGGGGGGGGCAGGUGGGUGCAGGCCCAUCCACAGUAACUGGGAUGUGACACCAGAACAGAUGUGCUGCGGGGCCGUUCCACUGUCCUGCCCGAGGCCCAGCCUGCAGACCCUGGAGAUGGUCGGGGCGGGGGUCUCAGCCUGGCAGGACGGGGCAGCCGCAGGGAGACUGUGUGCUUCCGGCUUUCCCCUCAGAAGGGGUUCCCUCCUUGGGGAAGCAGCAGGGCCGGGCUGCCCUGGCCUCUCCCCCGACGCGCUCCAGGCUCCGGGCCCUGAGUCAUCGACUCCCCACUGGGCCCGACAGACCCACACCACUCCCUCCAGGCCUCUGGGGCCUCAGUGCCCUCUCCGCCCCAUGGCCCGUCCACCCUGGGGGCCGCUGCCUGCUCACGCUGUGUGUGGACAGCGUGUGAGUGCCGUGUUGUGAUGUUUCUGGAAUCCUGGUUUUGGAGAAUACAAGC